AUGGAAAAGGAUGAACAAGCAAGCUACGAGAAGCACUUCAGAGCUGUGAUCCAGAAAGCCGUCGAUAUACGAGUCGAUCGCCUCGGCAGCCGUGGCGUCGUGUUUACGGGUUUCCGCUCCACUGCUCCUGUGAUCGUUCAGUCUCUAGACAACCUCCCGCAUUUACAUCAGCAAUAUUGGGACCAUGGCACUACGGAUAGCAGCGAUCAAGCAAAAUUUCCAAACCCAAUGUUUGCUUCUCUUGUCACAGACACUUUCGUCCUUCAUUACGGCACUGAUCCACUGCUCGGUUUCCACCUUGCAAGCGCUUAUGUACCCUUGGAUCCGAAGUCGCCUUUGCGCCUAAAACCUCACGGGAUUCCCCCUCUGCACAAAGUCGUAGCAGCAGCGCGACUGCAGUGCCAAAGCUGGGCAUCAUCCUUUCGAAGAUGCGCUCGACAUGGUCUGAUCCUACGCUUUCUUGCGGGAGACGCACUUGCAUUUUGCCACACGCUGCAACAUAAGCGUAUUACCAACAACAUCACCGCGAACUUGUACCGUACGAUGUACCACAUGGAACCUCUAGCACUCGACGGUGUGGAGUAUGCUACGCCAGCAGAUGCACCGGUAUCUUUCGACGUGAUCGACACAUCAAAUCUCGUUGAUCACAUUGGUGCAAUCAACACCCUGGUGGCGACGUCACCGUUGCUCAAGCAUAGCGUUUCGCCCAGUCUCCAUACUGAAUCACUGGUGAAGCAAGAGAAAAAUUACAAGGAACGGGUAGACAGUAUCCUGUGUGGCCACUUUCCGACCGUCUCGAUCCUACUCGGACUGUUUCCUGUAGAAUACUGGACGAAUGCUGCAGCCGUAUCAACAGUCGAUGAAACUCUGUUCGACUCGACCGGACAGAUGCACAUGAGACUGACUUGGAAACGCCUCAGUCCGGCAUCGAAGGAGAUGCUUCAGCCAAAGAUUUCAUCUCCUAUUCACAUUGAUGAACGUCCUCUGGCCCACAUCCUGUACCGCAUCUACCUCAAGAUGUUCGAGAGCGAAAACCUGAGCGUACUGAUGUCCGGAAUAAGCCAGAUGGCAUUGCAGAAACAUUCAUUGCCACACCAUUAUCGAGGAAGCCUAGCUGCCUUUAUCAGCCUCGUCAAGACUCACGUAGCUGCCGACUGGAACACAGUCAUGACGGAAUUCCUUGGUCUGGUAGGAAGGGACUCAAAUCUCAUGGUGGGAAUGAACUACAUUCAGGAAUUGAUCCUUCAAUUACAUCUCCUCGGGGUUCACUCCAUAGAGAUGCUGCGGAAGCCUGUUGGCCUCGGAAGCGAGACCCAACGACCAAAAGGUUUGAGGGCCUGGAAGGAUAUCCCCGCAGCUGUUUGCGUCACCUUGAAGGUCUCAAGAGCUAAACUUGCCGUUUUUACAAAAAUCCCGCGAAUGGAGCUUGGUGUACCUGCUGUUCACUGCCUCCUACAAUCCUCUCCGAAAUCGACUGUCCCGUCAUGGCAAAACCUCUUCGCGUCCGUUCAACUGGCCUUCGGGAAGGCUACUGCCGCAGGUGUACGAAACAGUGGCAACUUCAAGGUUCAGGUCACAGAAGACAAAGAUGGUUGGAAUGGAAGCUCUCCGCUUUCCCUAUCCUUCUAUGCACCCACCUGGACUAUACUACAGGAGCCCGAGAGCGCCAUCGUAGCUUUCGGGGUUCAGGUCACCCCGUACAGUUCAAAGACGUUUUCGAAACUCCUCGGCCCCCAGAUGAAUGUUUUUGAAACAAGUCUUGGGGACGAGGAUGCCGUCUACAUCACCAAACACAUGCCGAAUCAGUCAGGAUACGCGGUCAUAUGCGCCUCUGACGACGCUGCAGUCGAAAGCAAAGAGAUCUCUAGCCAAGCCACCAGCGCGACUAUCACUGCGAACGUCGACGUGAGAGGAACCCGGAUAGACUCCUUCACAGGCCGUGUAGACAUCCGUUCGGAAGACAUUAAAUCGGUUCUACGCAACAACGCCAACGUUCAGACCGAUCAGAUCUCUGCCUGCGUCUUCGCUGUAACAAUCGGCAAAGGCGCCCUUCGGCAGUAUCUUCAUUUCCCCGUUCCGGUGCUGAAGUCAGGAAGCAAAACUCGAAUUGCCAGAAAGUCUGCAUACGUGGAAGUAGUUGUUUCCAUGGUAGCGCCGAUGGAUGGAGAUGUGUUGCCGUAUUUUAUUUAUCCAAUGUUCCUAGACGAACAGACACCGGUGGUUUGGAACCUGCCACGCCUAAAAUUCGAUUGCCUACCGAUGCUCGACACGUCAAGGCUCAAGGAAGAGAGUUGGCUAACUACACAUACCUCCUUCAUGUUCUCGAGCAGAGAGCGCAAGCUGAGGGACAAAUCUAUGGUGUCCCCAACGGUCUCUCACAAUGACGUCCGAGUCCAGUUCAAGGACUCUUUGUUCUCCAUGUUCAUCGGCUUCAGCGGCUUACAGGGCAACCAAGCCCGCAUCUUCUGCCUUGACAAUCCCACGAGGGGUGGCGUGCACACGCUCAUCUUUGGGUCGAGUCUGAGGCUCGAUGGCGCAAAUCGCACUGUAGUCCUGGACGCGGCGGUGCUGCCAUUGACCCACGAGCUGGUGCCACAGAUAGGCCAGUUCUUAGGAGCACUGUCGGGCGUACAGCGCUGCAACAUCACGGUCGAUGACGAUGAGCUGCGGCUCUGGAAACAGGUACUUCCAGCCUGGGUCGAACGCUGCCGACAAUGGGAGCAUCGUUCUUCUUGCGAAUACUCGGUUUCAUCUAAGAUACCCUUGUCCUUUGAGGAUGGUCACUCCCCCAUCUGUUCCUGUGGGAAUGGAAAGCUGCCGGCUGAGUUUAUGUCCGGCGUCCCCAAAUGGAAUAUUGUAUCCAACCAUGCCGUUCGAGCCGCCAUAUCGCCAUUGUUCUCCGUUCCGUUCGUGGAAGAGACUUUCAGUUUUCGCAGUGCUACGAGCCAGGGAAAACCAAACGACGAUGGAUGCAAGGUCUGUGGCAAGCACAAAUCGAGCAGCGAUUCGAGUCUGCUAAGAUGCGCGCGCUGCCACAAUGCGAAGUACUGCUCUGCCGAGUGUCAACGAGCCGACUGGAAAGAACACAAGAAGGCGUGUUGCAAGUAA